AUGACUAGUUCAUCAGGAGAACCAACCAUACACGACGUCUUCGAAAGCAACACAGGCACAUGGCAGUACGUGGUUGCUGAUCCAUCGACACUAGCUGCGGUCAUUAUCGACCCGGUACUGGACUACGAUGCCGCCACCAAUUCCGUGGCCACCACUUCAGCGGAUGCAUUGCUUGCAUUGGUCCGCGAGAAAGGCUACACUGUCGAGAAGAUUCUCGAAACACAUGUUCAUGCGGAUCAUAUAACUGCAGCCUCGUAUCUCCAAAAUCGACUGGCUGAGCUGCAGGGCCAUGCGCCACCCAUCGGCAUUGGAAAGCGCAUCGAGCAAGUACAGAAAUUGUUCAGCCACCGGUACGGCGUUCCGGAGCAGGAAUACAAGGGCAUUUUCGACAAGCUUUUCGAUGAUAACGAGGUGUUCAACGUUGGACGGUUGGAAGCCAUCGCAAUCCAUCUUCCGGGUCAUACUCCUGAUCAUCUAGGUUAUAAGAUUGGGGACAAUGUCUUUUGUGGUGAUUCACUCUUUCAUGCAGACAUUGGCACCGCUCGCUGUGAUUUCCCCGGCGGUAGCGCAAACAAUCUCUAUCAGUCUGGUCAUAAGCUUCUUGGUUUGCCUGACCAUGUUAAAAUCUGGACUGGCCACGACUAUCCUCCUGAGGAUCGCAAAUCUGCCGUGUCUUGGAUGAGUGUUGAGGACCACAGGGCGGAGAACAAGCAUCUUAAGGCAGGCAUCACUGAGGACGAAUUCGUAAAUGUUCGGAAAGAGCGGGAUGCGAAGUUGGCAGAACCAAAACUACUUCAUCAGUCGCUGCAGGUCAAUAUUCGAGCAGGACGGCUACCUAAGCCUACGGAGACUGGGCACCGAAUGCUUCAUCUUCCGUUGAAGCUCAAGGGGGUUGAAUGGUAA